AUGAUUGUUUAUGUGAAUAUGUUGCUAGUAUGGCUCUCCUGUAUGUUACUUUUCACUACAGUCUCUGGGUUAAAAGGGAGUCUUUAUGCGUUUGCUAAUGAAUCUGUAGAUUCACCGGUUGUUUCUACAACAUCGGGUCAAUUUUCAGGAUUCAGUAUUCGUCAGACAAAUGUUUGGAUCGGAAUUCCUUAUGCUGCUCCACCUGUUGGAAUACUGCGUUGGCAAAAAGCUCAACCUUAUGUUAUAACCGACAUCGUCAAUGGCAAUGUACAAAAUGCAACGUAUUAUAGUCCAUCGUGUCCUCAAAUCGAACGAGUAGGUAUUAGUUCAGGUCCAUUUGAUGAAGAUUGCUUAUAUCUGAACAUUUGGGCGCCGCGUAAUCCACCUCCAAUCUCAUCAACGGGAUAUCCAGUGAUGUUAUGGAUUCAUGGGGGAGGACUUCAAGAAGGUAGCUCGACACAGAUUAUCUAUGAUGGACUUAGUUGGACAAAUGCAGCUAUUCAAGAGAAUAAUUCACUUAUUAUAGUUACUAUUAACUAUCGUCUCAAUGUUAUGGGAUUCUUCGCUCAAUCAGCUUUGACAAAUGAAAAUGGACAAAUUAUUGCAAACCAAGGUAUUACAGAUCAACGCAUGGCAAUGCAAUGGAUCCAAGAUAAUAUUGGACAAUUUGGAGGCGAUAAGAAUUCGAUCACUCUAGCUGGUCAAUCUGGCGGGUCUUAUUCAGUUUGUAUCCAUAUUGUGUCACCAUUAUCUGCUGGCUUAUUUCAUGCUGGAAUAAUGGAAAGCGGAUCUUGUGAUAUUCCAUUUUAUAUGUAUGACAAGCAAUUUGCUUAUUCAAUAACAAAGGAUCUCGCAUCGCGUGUUGGAUGUAACAUCACGAAUUCGACUCAACAACUAGCCUGUUUACGAGAUGUUAACAGUACUCUACUCGUAACAACCAUGCCCAAUGUAUCAAUUCCAUCAUCAACAUCAUUAAUUUUUAAAGAUCAACUCAAAGUUAUUCAAGUAUUUCCCUUUAAUUUUAUCGUGGAUGGAGUAGAAAUACCUGCUCAUCCUUUACAACUCUUAUUAUCAGGAGCAUUUAAUCGUGUACCUACACUUUUGGGAGCGACUCAUGAUGAAUUUGUUUUACGUGUUCUAUAUGAAGAGUACGUUCAUCCACCAAACAGUACAGAAGAUUACUUAACCCGUAUUUUACCAAUAGUAACCUAUAAUCAGUCUGAAAUUGAAGCUCUAUACAAUCCGAGUCUGUUCAAUGGUAACUAUUCGAAAGCAUUUGUUGCAUUGAUGUCUCAAGGAGCCUUUAUUUGUGCUGCUCGUCGUAUGGCUGGGUAUAUGGCUGAACAACCUACAUAUCUUUAUACAUAUAAUCAUGCACCAGAGUCAUUUUGGUUGUCAUUACCAAGUUUGAUUAUGUGGCCAGGAGCAUACCAUUCGGCAGAGUUAUUGAAUUUAUUUCAAACAGCAUCGCCUUUACUUUAUGGUGACCAAAUGUUUUUACCUCAUGAAUUGAAUUUGGUCACAUCUACUCGCAGAUAUUGGACAAAUAUGAUUACAAAAUAUCAACCGAAUGAUAAUACCAGCUUAGCAUGGCCUCCAUAUUCACCUAGAACGGAUCAAGCUCUUCUCCUUAAUACGACUAUAACCACGACCACAUUUAUUGAUGCAUAUCCUAACUGCGAUGUCCUAUCAGCUGCACGUGUCAAACUAUUUGGCGAAUACAUUGGUUUGGAUGCUACAUGUAUUGCAGGAAAUAAUUGCUUCAUUAUAAAUUCUACUUCAUCUACCAUCACAACUAUCAGUAGUAAAAGUCUAUCUUGUUUCCAAUGUAAUUUAUUCGUUUUAUUUCCUCCUUAUAUUUUACUUUUUCUUUUUACUAAAUAA